AUGAAAGCCGCCAAACCCACCCUUUCACUUGCAGUGUUUAUCUUGGGCGUCACAGCCUAUGAGGUGCAUCUCAGCAAUGGGAUAUUUCCAUAUGAAGUGUGCUCUGGCAUGUGGGGAAGUCAGGAUACUUUCAUCAACAUCACAUUUGACCCUCACAAGAGCUCCGGGCAACUUGAGCUACUGAUAUUUGAGGCGUCAGAUUACCGAUACAUUGGUAGAUCGCGGUACGGUAGCGAGCGUAAUAAACUGACCUAUUGCGGGGAAUGGAACUUCGAGCGGGGCGAAUGUACCGAAGAGGAACGAGGUCAUUCCAUCUUCAAUCUCGAAGAUGGUGUGGCGCUCUCAGACACGAGCAUCUGGACCGCGCGCCUCGCAUUCCCUCUAUCACGACCAGGACACGAUGUCGAUUCUCCGCAACGACUCGAACUUGCCGACUACAGCGCGCCUCGGGAUCAGAUACAAGGCCAUCAAUCUUCGCCACCAAUCCCUUCGAUAGAAUACCGCGACCCUAUCCACUACUCGGUACGCGAGGAUGGGUACUAUUGCGUCUUCAGGAAUCCCAUCCACAUCCCAUCUCCCGGUACUUGGCCGAUGCACGAUGGCACUGUCCUUUUCCAUAAUACGUUCAUCAGUCAGCUACCGGCGGCCGACUAUUCCAAGCUCGUGUUCUAUGCCGUGAUGUUCUCUUUGGCUUCGCUCGUGACACUUGCAUGGGGUUUGCUAUAUUAUGAGAAUCGUGACUGCAUUCUCCCCGUCCAAAGGAUCUUGAGCGGCCUGAUAGGCGUGGUCGAGUUUGAUAUGCUGAUGGCGCUCGUACAUCUCACCUUCACGAAUGACCUCGGACAGAGCACGGCCUCGGCGACCCUGCACUUUGUGACAGAGAUUGUCCAUGCCAUCCGCAAUACGCUCACACUGCUCACGAUGCUUUUGCUUUGUCGUGGCGAAGCAGUCCUGCGCGAUGAUGAGGCGCCGGAACCUUUUACUGCAAAGAUGAAGUGGCUGUUCUCUUUGCAUCUCCCUUCAGGAGUGUUCGUCGCAUCUGGGAAGGUUCUCGACUUAGAGUACCCGAAACGAGCUACACAGAUGUUCGAACUCACAACAGCGGAACAAAUCAAGUGUUCCCUCGUGAUGCUCGUACCAAUCACAAUCAGCAUCCUGUGCGGAAUCUUGGUAUCAUGGAUCCAUACUAUGAGCGUCCUCUCUUCGCGAGGGCAACAUACCAUCCGGCGUAAAUAUAGAUACACCGGUGGCAUCUUUACCCUGGCUUUGGUGGUAUACCUCACCCUGCGCAUAUAUACCAUCUAUGGGUAUGAUAGCCGUGAGGAUAAUGCUUAUCCCGAAGCGGAUGACUGGCAACUGUUGUGGCUCACGGAUGGGCCUGGCGGGUGGCUUGAGCUCCCAUACUUCCCCGCCUGCAUGGCCGUCGCGUUCCUCUGGCGACCUUCCAAGCGGAUAGGUGCGAUGGUUGCGUACGAAGAGAUCUCACAAGCAGAGGGUACGGAUCGUGGGAUACACGCUCCCUCAGCCGAUACAAUGGACGAAGAAGAGGGAAGGGCAAUUGAUUGA